CCAACAUUGAUGCCUCCAUUGUUCCUCACUGGGCCUGUGACUGCAUAUACUCUGUCCAUCGUAGGGCUGUACGACUGCAUCUGCUCCUCAACUCACCUGCCUCAAGUCCUGCGUGCUCUACUGUCCGAUGCCAUGAGCAAAUUCGUCAAGAAGCAUCUGAUCAUCGGGUAUAGCGAAAGAUUCAAUGCUGCUUGCAUCAAGCGACGAGCAGAGCUCCAAGUGAGCUUCGGCUACCUCAGCACAUCUCUGUCGACCAUUCUCAACCUCUCAAACGGUACGUCUGCAGGGACAAAUGUACCCGUCGAGGCACCAUCUGCGAAAGACACCUUCAUGCACCACUCAAUGCGUAGGUCACUGGUCUCGCCCGCUUCAAUUUUGGAGCUGCUGCGCAAAGUGGACAGAGCGGCCUAUCCUGCCGAGGCAAUCCUUCCUACACUGCAACCACUAGCCGCACCUAUGGGCCGUCUUCGCAGCGCCAGCGUGCCAAUCGACCCCAUGCCGGAUAGCACAGGAGGUACGAGAGACGAUGGCUCUGCUGAGAGGGAGCAGAGCGGACCAAACCUCAGAGUUCCGACGGUGGGAAGCUUUGUCAUGCACAGUGCUAGCGAGGGCGAGCUGAUUGACAUCGAUGAGAGUGACAGCGAUAGCGGGAGAGCAAGCGCACAAGACUCACCUGGGCUAGGUCCUCUCCCGAGGGCAGCUAGAGGUCUCAUUGUCUUGUCCACAGACUCCCUCUUGAGCAUCUCCUCUGCGCCCAGUCCUGCAUCCCCAACCCCUUCUCUACUGAGCAUCUCAGAUGCAGGUGCGGAUGCGAGUGCAGAAGACCACUUGGGCUCAGGCUCAGGCUUACCCUCAGACCUGAACCCACACUCGGAUCUACACUUGAAUUCAACUGAAGACGAUCCGACCUCGAUCUCGAUCUCGAUCUCGACUUCAACCUCGACCUGGACCUCUAGAGAGGCGAUGUGGAAUUCUCAAGAGUAUUCUUUCUCCACAAUUGCGACCAACGGCUCGCUCCCUUCAACUUUUUCGCAUCAUCAAGUGCCGGACCAGCAGCGGGAAGCAGAGUACGAAGAUCAAAAGGGAGAGCGGCAGGAGAGGGAAGGGGAAGGCAAAGGAGAAGGGGAAGGAGAAGGGGAAGGAGAAGGGGAGGAUGCCUGCAGUAUCUUGAGCGUGUCUUCCUUCGAUUCAACGUGA